UGUACAAAGUAGAGCUUAGAGUGGUUGUCCCGUGUAGUGGCCCUGUGGGUGAGACACGGAGAUUUUCAGUCGUUGCGCAAGAUCCAUGAGGGACCCUCUCUCUGGUGAUGCGGUGGUCCUUGCAUUUGCCCCGAAUGCCACAGCGUUCAUCGGCCGUGCCCUUCUAUGAUGUCAACUGGGCUGGGCUGAUAUCUUGCCCCUCAUUAACCCCUCCUCUGAGUUCUAUCGUUCUCCAUGUGAUCGGUUUGUGCUUUACCAGCAAUCUGCCAGUUCAUACUAAUGCACUCGGACGGUGUGGCCGGGGCUUUUCUUCGAAUCACAGCCCUGAUAUUAGCAAGCGAAGGCAGGCAGCAGGACCUUGGCCAUCUGGACAUGUUGAGCUGGCAUUAUUGUAUGUCGCCGGAUACUAUAUUUACCUUGGACUGGUAGUGCGCACACAGCGCAUCGAAUCAGACGAACACUGCUAGAACUAGUAGUUUGGUUACGGGCUUGUAUGAAAC